AUUGGUUCAGACUGGAGAGUAGGUCAGCUUUCAGCUUGUAGAGCAUGACUGUGACCGCUGUGUCCCUGUAUUGGUUCAGACUGGAGAGUAGGUCAGCUUUCAGCAUGUAGAGCAUGACUGUGACCGCUGUGUCCCUGUAUUGGUUCAGACUGGAGAGUAGGUCAGCUUUCAGCGUGUAGAGCAUGACUGUGACUGCUUUGUCCCUGUGCAGGUACCAUUCCCACAGAUGCACCACAGCUUCCCGGCAAGUGCCCCGAUCUGGAAUGGAUCCCCUUCAGGGGGCACUGCUAUAUGAUAGAGUCCUCCUCUGGUGGACCGUGGGCCCACGCUGCCUUUGAAUGCCACAAAUUAGGAGCGUCCCUGGUGACCAUCACAGAUCCGGAGGAAAACAAGUUUUUACACAGCAAAGUGGAGCCUAUUAAGCGGCGGAACUGGCAAUACUGGAUCGGCCUUUACCAGAAUCGCCGAGGGCAGUGGGUGUGGUUUGAUGAAAGUCCAGUGGACUACACAAACUGGGAGGAUGCAUUUGUGGCCGAAGAAAGGGUCUGUGCAUUUUUGAACCCCUUCACCUCCAAGUGGGGCGUGAGCAGCUGUUCGGGCAACGAAUAUUACAUCUGCAAAGUGGACAAAGUUCCACCUCCCCCAGUGACUCCAUCCCAAACAGUUCCUCCCAGGCCCGUCAGUCCCCAUGGAUACGCUGGCAUCGUGGUGGUGGUGCUUGGCCUCCUCGUUGCCCUGGCGGUGCUGGCCUUCCUGUUCAUCCGCAGGAGGGGCGGUGCCCCAAUCACAGUCCCACCCAGCUUUGAGAACAUGCUGUACUUCGGCUCGAACCGCAGACCCGACGUAGACAUCUUAACCAAGAACAUGGAGGUCCACCCCGAGGGGAGCAAAUGAAGGAUUCUGGGGGGAAAUUGUGGUGCUGAGUCCACUACAUCUCCCGCAAACAUGCUCACAUUUUACCAGCCUUUUCAGUGUCCUUCUGACUCUGAUAAGCUCGUGUACAUAGCGGGUUAGCAACAAAGCUAACACGACGCUCCGAUUUACCGCAUUUUUCGAUUGUUUUGUAAAUGCUUCUUGUUAAUGCUCGUUCGUGGCUCUCAGGACUGUACAAUCUUUGGCAAAUGGAACAUGUACACAUUAAAUUUGACAAACUAGUGCCUAGUCAUCUUCUCCCUCAGGUGAAAUAAAAGCAUUAAAUGGUUAAUUGAUUGAUUGAUUAAUUAAAUCUCACAAUGAGGGUUUAAGGUCAGCUGAGUGCAGCACACAGUCCUCAUUUAUUUAGCCCUGAGGUUUAAGGAGUGAUAGACUUUGGAGAGUGACCUGAGCACUUUGGACCUGCUUUCAUGUUAGUGGCUCUUAUGAAACAGGCACUACAGAAAUUGUCACGGUAACUGUAAAAUAAAACCAUGCCGAUGCAAUGUCAUGUUUUCCUCAGCCAACUUUGCGUAAAUGUGUUCCUUUUGGUUAUUUCACAGCAGUCUUUUGUAGUGUAAGUUAAGAAGUUAAGACAACUGUGAAUUUGAAAAGAAAAUCCUCCUGUGUUUAAGACCCCUGAAAGGCAGGGGAAACGGUGUCGCUGUCACAUUAUAAUACUAGAUUAAUAUUUCUAUGCUCGGUUGCACACUGCUAAGCAACUGAAAUGUUUAAAAAUAAACCACCUUAUGCAUA